AGUAAAUGGAGAAAAAAGAAUACAAUGUGCAACGCCUGCUUUCAAUGGCCGAAUAAUCACCGUGGGAAAAUCUGUAACAACUGUAACACUGUGACAUCAUCAAAAUGGUGGAAAGGUGGCACAGAAUGCAACGCGUGCAAUCAGUACUACAAGAAUCACGGUGGGGAAAAAUGCAAUAACUGCAACAAAACAAUUAAUCUAAAAUCAAACAAAAAAUGGUUGUACAAAGAUUCAGACGGCCAGUUUUGUGUUGAAGAAAAAAGUGCAGACGGGGAAAAAUAUCGAGUGUGCGCAAAAUGCAACUUGAACAUCCGUAGAAGAGAAAGAUGCAAUAACUGCAACAAAACAAUUAAUCUAAAAUCAAACAAAAAAUGGUUGUACAAAGAUUCAGACGGCCAGUUAUGUAAAGAAGAUAAUGGAGACGGGGAACAAUAUCCAGUUUGCAGCAAAUGCAACCUAAACAUCCGUAGAAGAGAAAAAUGCACUAAUUGCAACAAGAACAUUAAACAAAAUCAAACAAAAGAUGCUUACAAAAAUAUGCAGACGGCCAAUUCUGGAUACAAAAAAAUGCAGACGGGGAAAAUUAUGUAGUUUGCACCGCCUGUAACACCAAAAUCCCGUACAAUUUAAUCGAUGUGAAUGAUGAUGCUACAUAACUGUAAAUUUCAUAACUGAACAAUUCAAUGCAAUGUACUGAGUUAGAUUAAGGAACUGUGACGCUAUUUAUUGUAUUGCUGUACAUGAAACGAAUAAAGAAGUUUUAAAUUGAAUUGAGUACUCCUAUCAA